AUGGCCACCUCAGCCAUCGUCCAAGGAAAAUGGAACCCUAUCCAAGAAGAGGAAGAAGACCAUGAAGAAGAAGAUCAAUAUCAAGAAGAAGAAGAAGAAGAAGAAGAAGAAGAAGCAUUGUCGCUUUCCGAUCUUCCAAUCAACCUCAACGACCAACCGAGCCUCCAAGAACAACGCUCUGCUGCCAACGAAGCAACUCAAGAGGAAUUCAAUUUCCGCUCCUGGGGUGCUCCCUUUUCCAAACAACCCGAAAUGUGUGCGGCGGAUGAAGUUUUCUUCAAAGGCCAAAUCCUCCCAUUGCGUGUCUCCUUCAGCUCCGAGGCUGGCUUAUUAGCCACACUAUCUCAAUCUCAACCACAUUAUGGUAAGCACUUUAUCAACGAAUCCUUGGAUUUUCCGAGUAACAGUAGCAGUAGCAGUAGAAGCAGUAGUCUUCGAAGCCAAAACUCAUCAACUAGCACCGCUAGCUCUGCUACCAUCACAACCACAAAAAAGGUUACUACGGUACCUCCGAGAACGAAGCCCAGAAUUCGAAACCAGUUUCAUAUGCACCCAAGUCCGAAGCCUCAGUUAAGGGCACCCACCCCAACACAAUUAUCAAGCUUGGGUAACCCAGGUAGAAAAUCAACGUCAGCAUGGGGAAUUUUCCGUUUGGGUGUGGUCCCUGCUCCCGAGAUAGGAUUGCAAGACCUGAAGGUUCGCAACAGAUCAAACUGUGUCAGUCGCAACAGUAGUAGCAACAGCAGCAGCAACAACAGUGCGAAAAGUGUGAAAAGAAGUAACAGGAACAAGGGAAAUGAUGGUGUUUUGAAACAGUUAGUGGGGAAAGGCGGUGGUCUAUUGAGUGGUUGUGAUUGUUCUUUCCAAACAGUGCAAUCGAACAACAUGGUCAUGAUAAAAGGUGGUAACGGUGGUGGUAAAAGUAGCAACAAGACAGAAAGCAUAAGGCACGCCGCGAAAGAAAAAGUGGUGGAGUUGAAGAAGCAGAGGCAAAAGCAGGGAAAGAAGGUUACGUCACGUCGUCGAACGUUUGAAUGGAUAAAGGAACUUCAUGCAAGUCACCCUGGUGAUGAUGACGACGAUGAAGAGGCUUUGUUAUCAAACGCAUGAUGCUUAGAUUUUACUUCUAAGAUUAGAUUAGGUUAAUCAUAUUGCACCGCCUUUCUUUGCUUCCUUUAAUUUGAAUUAAUGAAAUUAUAAUAUUGUGGUGAAGGCGUUUGUAAUCAAAAGUUGCUGCUUUCUCGUGAGAAAGAGCAAGGCUGUAAUCAAUUCCUUUUUUCAAAAUAGAAAAAAAAACCUUUUAA